AUGUGGACCUACAUGAUGGCAGCGGCCCGAGGUGACCGGGCAAUGUCAUCGAUAUCGUCACGUCAUCAGAGCAAUCGGAAUGAGUUUGACUCACCAAGCAUUUACCACUUUAACCGAGUGCAACGACCACUGUACAACACGACGCACCGAGCGCCCCAGCUGUCCAAUGGGCCCGUCAGCAUCAGUACGACUCCGUUCGGGAGCAACACCAUCUACCAGAGCUACAUGCCGCCGACCGCUUCGCUCGACAGCUUCAACAGUGUGGCUACGAACCCGAGCUUUUCGACUGCGGGCGGUACGCCACCGGUCGCAACGACCACCGGAAGUGGCGCUGGGGCUCAGAGCGUGGCCACGCCCGGCGUGGCUUAUCCGUUCACGACGCGUAACCGGCCCGAGGUAGCUACGGACUUGCCGGCCACACCGAAGAACAACCAUCUCGGGCAGGCUGUGAUAGAGAGCGAACGGAGUGACUUUCAGGAACCAUCUUCCGGGCAGCGAGGCAAGCUUUCGUCCUUGCGCCGCUCGCUGAACGCGCUCCGCUGUAGGAUAUCGAAACGGGGCCGCUCGAAGCCGCCCGACCAAUUUCUGGACAAAUUUUCCGCCGCCUCCGCCACCUCCGACACCCGCCUGCACCAAGCGGGGUGCGUUGCGCCUCAGGCCGUCCCCUCUGACGGCGUCUGCAGCCGGCUUUCGGUCGAUCCGUCCCUUCCGUCGCACUAUCGGUGGCUGUCCGUGGUUUCGCUGGCUGUACUGUACAAUAUCGUAUUUGUGAUAGGACGAGCGGUCUUCUGGGAGCUGAACAAACAAGCCUCGGUACUGUGGUGGAUCCUAGACUAUCUGUGUGAUUUCAUCUACUUGACCGACACGCUGGUGCACUGUCAUGAGGGCUACCUGGAACAGGGACUGCUGGUGCGAGACGCGCCCAAGCUGCGAAAGCACUACUUCUCCAAGCAGCGCUGGUGGCUCGACGUCGUCUCGAUGCUACCGACCGACCUGGCCUACAUUUGGUGGGCGCCGAGUUCCUGCGCCGCCACCCGGCUGCCGUGUCCAAUUAUAGUUAGAAUUAAUAGGUUACUGCGUCUUCCAAGAAUGUGGGAAUGGUUCGAUCGGACGGAAACGGCCACCGGCUACCCGAACGCCUUUAGGAUAUGUAAAGUUGUUUUAGCUAUUUUAGUACUCAUCCACUGGAACGCGUGUCUGUACUUCGCCAUCAGCUACGCGCUCGGCUUCAGCACCGACAACUGGGUGUACAACAUCAACGGCCCGAAGAACCUGACCCUGUCGCGGCAGUACAUCUACAGCUUCUACUGGUCCACGCUCACGCUGACGACGAUCGGUGAAACACCGACACCGGAGAACGAUGCCGAGUAUCUGUUCGUCGUGGCGGACUUUCUUGCCGGUGUGCUCAUCUUCGCCACCAUCGUCGGAAACAUCGGUUCGAUGAUAUCGAACAUGAACGUAACACGGGUCGAGUUCCAGAACCGGAUGGACGGUGUCAAGCAAUACAUGGCCUUCCGGAAGGUGGGCGGCGAGCUAGAGGCGAGGGUGAUCCGAUGGUUCGCGUACACUUGGGCGCAAAGUGGUGCGUUGGAUGAGGAGCGAGUGUUGGCCGCGCUGCCGGACAAGCUGAAGGCCGAGAUUGCGAUACGCGUACAUAUGGACACGCUGCGGCAGGUCCGCAUCUUCCAGGAUUGCGAGCCGGGCCUGCUGGAGGCGCUUGUGUUGAAGCUGAAACUGCAGGUGUUCAGCCCGGGUGACUACAUCUGCCGGAAGGGUGACGUUGGCAAAGAGAUGUACAUUGUGAAGCGGGGCAGUUUGUCCGUGGUGGCCGACGAUGGUAUUACGGUGCUGGCUACGCUUGGAGCUGGCUCGGUGUUCGGGGAGGUUUCGGUGUUGGAAAUUGCGGGAAAUCGUACCGGCAACCGUCGAACGGCGAACGUGCGCUCGAUCGGUUACUCCGAUCUGUUCUGUUUGGCGAAGCGCGACCUCUGGGAAACGCUGGCGGACUAUCCGGAGGCGCGGGCCUCGCUGACCGAGCGUGGGUGUCAAUUAUUGCGAAAAGAUGGCCUGCUAGAUGAGGCGGUCUUUGCCAAUGCCCAGCAAACGCAGGACUCGCUCGAAAGUGGUGUGGCUCGGUUGGAACAGACGGUGGAGAACCUGAACCUGCGGCUGGCUCGCCUGCUGGCCGAAUAUUCCGCGAGCCAAGCGAAACUGAAGCAGCGCAUCUCGAAACUCGAGGACAGGACACAAAAGUCGCCCACAAGCCGGGCCGAAGCGAAGGCUCACCUCCAACUUCAGCAACUGCAGCAUCCGGGCUCAUCGGCAUCCGGAACCGGGCGGCUCCGGGCACAACGACGCAAAUCGCACUCGUCAACGACGACAACGUCGAUGGGAGUGGCCGGACAGGGGACGACGAGCGGGGACGAGUCCUUAACGACGGUGACAGCGUCCGGGGCGACACCGACGGGCCAACCGGGUAGUGGGUUGGCGUGUAGUGGCAACGGUGGACCAGCCCGACAGAAUACGUUAUGA